AUGGCCGAAAAACAAGAAACAAUCCUCAUCACAGGAGCCUCUGGCUUCUUGGCUACCCAUGUGGUUGAUUAUUUCCUGCGUGGCGGCUACCAUGUCCGAGGCACCGUUCGGUCGGCUGCAGUUGCUGAGAAGGUCAAGGAGACAUUCCCUCAAUACGCCGCACAACUAGACCUGGCUAUUAUUGGCGACGUUGCACAGCCAGGCGCAUUUGAUGCCGUGGUCAAAGAUGUUGAUGGAGUCAUCCAUACCGCUGCUCCUUUCCAAGUUUUUGGAGUCAAGGAUAAUGAGCGUGAUCUGCUCAAGCCGGCCAUCGAGGGGACCCUUAACAUCCUUAACGCCGUUCACGCACUCGCGCCCAAGGUGAAGCGUGUCGUUCUUACUUCCUCCUUCGCCGCUAUGGCCGACCACAGUAAGGGAAGAUGGCCUGGCCACGUCUACUCCGAGCAGGACUGGAACCCUACACCCUACGAAGCCGCCGCCGCCAAAGAUGCUCACGCUGCAAUUGCCUACUCGACCGCGAAAUCGUUAGCAGAGCGCGCGGCCUGGGACUUUGUCAAACAGAACAAUCCUACGUUCACCAUCUCAACAAUCAUGCCGCCGAUGAUCUACGGCCCGAAUAUCAACGCCACCGCCGACCUAGCCAAGUUGAAUACCUCCUCCAUGGACAUCUAUCGUCUCAUGUCCCCGCAGUCCAAGUCCAGCGACCCCGUCCCGGAGAACAUGUUUUGGUCCUUCGUGGACGUGCGUGAUGUUGCCCAGGCCCAUUUGAGCGCUUACCAGACAGCCGAAGCCGCUAACCAGCGGUUUUUCAUCUGCAAGGGCAACUUUACCUAUCAGCAAUUUGUGAAUGUUCUGCGGGCUAGUUUUCCUGAGAUAAGAGACCGCGUCCCUGUUGGGAAUCCGGACGCAGAUAGGAUUCCUGACGAUGUCUACACUGUGGACACGUCGAAAUCGCAGAAGGUCUUGGGAUUGAGCUACCGUAGCUUGGAGGAAACUGUUUGUGAUGCUGCGCGGUCUCUUCUAAAGCUAGAGGCUGGGAAGGCUUAG